AUGGCGACCAAGCACGCCUUCACCACCAUCGAUAGACUCGAUAGACCGAGCGCGUACUUUGCUGCGAAGAAGAAGCGCAGGUACAACCAGGGCGAUGAAGACACCGAACAGCAGAAGCCCAAAGAGGAUCCCCUGAGAAAUGCCACCACUUUAUAUGUGGGCAACUUGUCUUUCUACACCACCGAAGAGCAGAUUCACGAGCUGUUCUCCAAGUGCGGCGAGGUCAAGCGUCUUGUCAUGGGUCUCGACCGAUUUCAGAAGACACCCUGCGGAUUCUGCUUUGUGGAAUACUACACUCAUCAAGAUGCCGUCGACUGCAUGAAGUACAUUGGUGGUACCAAGCUGGAUGAACGACUCAUUCGAUGCGAUCUGGAUCCCGGUUUUGAAGAAGGGCGUCAAUAUGGUCGGGGCAGGUCUGGUGGACAAGUGCGCGACGAGUUCCGCGACGAGUUUGACCCGGGUCGAGGUGGCUAUGGCCGCGCCUACGACGAGGCGGAUGAUGAUAGUCGUCGAUGA